GGUAUUUUCAUGUGCAUUUUCUUGACAGUUGUGUGUGUAUUUCGCAUAAUUAGUAAUUAAAUUUAAUUAUGGCUUGCAAAACGUACUAAUUAAUCUCUUUAUGGCCCCUCUUUCUCCUCUGUUUCCAGUUCCAUGCUGUUAAUUAGUUACCGCUCCUAAUUUUCUACUUGACAAGUCAGGACCUCACUUAUAGGACAUGGCCGGAGAGGCAAGUCAUAAGAAAAAAGGAAAAAUAUCACGACAGGAGUCAAAUAGAUCAGGAAAAGAUUCAGAAAUAGACGUCGAUAGGCCUAUAGCAGGUGCCAGCACUCAAGACAAGACCAGGAGUGGAAUAAGAGUGUACAAAAUUGUGGUUUUAGGUGAUGGGGGUGUAGGAAAAUCAGCGGUAACCUUGCAAUUUGUUAGCCACAGUUUUUUGGACUAUCAUGAUCCAACAAUCGAGGACUCUUAUCAACAACAAGCUGUUAUUGAUGGAGAACCUGCAUUAUUGGAUAUUUUGGAUACAGCGGGACAGGUGGAGUUCACUGCCAUGAGGGACCAAUACAUGCGAUGCGGAGAGGGUUUUUUAAUCUGCUACAGUGUUACCGAUCGGCACAGCUUUCAGGAAGCUCUCGAAUAUAAGAAAUUAAUCCAAAAAGUAAGAGCUUCCGAAGAUACACCGUUGGUAUUGGUAGGUAACAAAUUUGACCUUCACAUGCAACGUAAAGUCAGUACAGAGGAAGGUAAGUCUUUGGCCAGACAGUUUGGAUGUCCCUUUUACGAAACAUCAGCUUGUUUAAGAACCUAUGUAGAUGAUGCUUUUCAUACCUUAGUUAGAGAGAUACGGAAAAAGGAAAGAGAAAAGCUAGGAUUGCCCAGCAAUGAACACAAGCCUCAUAGGCAUAGCAAAUGGUGGAGGCUUAGGAGUAUAUUCGCGUUAGUCUUCAAGAGGAGGAGACAUCAAAAUUAUAGCUCAUAGGUUUGUGGACAUUGUGGAAAAUUUCAAAUCUUUUUUAACAUCAUUAAUUGUUUGGAUAAAUAUGCUAAAUACGGUUGGAUGAUGCAUUGAAAUGAUUCGCGGACGUUUCGAACAAUGUAUAUAUGAUUUAAUUCAAGAUUUGCCAAAGUAUUUUGAAGAAUAUACAACAUAUUUGACUGUCUCAUAAGAAGACUAAUAUUUCACUACCACAAUAUUGUACUUUGUUGUAUUUAAAGGUAGCAGGACCUACCUAUAACAUACCAAUUGAAAAUCCUCACUUAUAAAAAUAAGUAAGUGUAAUUUUUUUCCUAGAAACACCAGAGUUAUCAAAAUUAGAAUCUGGAUGAUAUUUACAUUGCCUAUUACUUAGUUUGAG